AUGAUUGAGUCUUAUGUUGAUGAUAUUAUUACUGUUAAUGAAACUCAAAUUACUAGAGCUAUGAUGUUAUUAAUGGAACGAUGUAAAGUUAUUAUUGAAGGAGCUGGGGCUGUUGCUUUGGCUGGUCUCCUUUCCAAAAAACUUCCAAUUGAGAAAGGUUCAAAGGUUGCAGUUAUUGUUUCUGGUGGUAAUGUUAAUAUGAGACUAUUAAAUACUGUUAUUGAUCUUGGAUUAAUUAACUGUGAACGUUCACUUAAAUUAGAAGUUACUGCUCCAGAUUCACCAAUCAAUCUCAAUGAAUUAGUUAGUAUUAUUGCAGAACAAAAAGCCCAAUUAUAUGAUUUCCAAGUUAAAAAGAAUGUAGGUAUCGGAAUGUGUACUAUCAGAUUUUCAGUAGAGGUUGCUGAUAAAAAUCAUAAACAAGCUCUUGGUGAUGCAUUAAAAGCUAAGGGUUAUGAAUUCGUCUUUGUCUAA